AUGAGCGUCUACGCCAAGGCUUUCCUCUACUUCCUGCACCUCAACGCCGCGGAGUGGGCGAAGCACUUCGAGUUCGCGUGCGAUGCGAGUCCUGACGAGGUUUCCUGGCAGGAGCUCAAUCCGAGGUAUAUGGGUCCCUGUGCGUUGCAGGCUGCGGUGGUGUUUAGGCUGCUGCCGGCUUGGGUUGUCGAUACGGGGCAGGCUGUCCCUACCCGCAAGAAAUCCAAGGGCCAACAGACCUCUUCCCUCGCGCGCACGACGACGCCCCUCAUGCCCGCCUACGGGCCUUUCAAAGUCGGCAACCACGUCUGCAAGCCUGCCGUGGGGUUCUGCGGGACUUGUGGGCAGUACCAUGGCGAGGAGUAUCGCGGGAAGGCUGCUCGGUAUCAUCGGAAGGAGUUUGCUGAUUUUGGGAAGUUGGAUGCUGAGACGCAGAGGGUGAGGUGGGAGGGGGCUUGGAGGGAGAUGACGCAUGCGAGGGGGGCGAUGCCGCCGUUUCAUGGGAAUGAUUUUGAGAGGAGGUUUGCGGGUGGUGGUGGUGCUAAUGAAGGCCUCGUGUCUCCUGAUGGUGAAGGUGAGGAGCAGCAGACUCUCAUGCCUCAAGACGACUCCACCAUGCUCCGUGACGGUUUCGACUUCAACGACGCCGACAUGACCGACCUCAAUCCCAACGCCCCUUCGACUCAAGAACCUCGACCAAACUCCAACACCAACCUCUCCUCAACCACCCCUUCCAGCAUCCAACAGCCAACCUUCCUCCCCAACGAGCACCUGCACUGCGAGCAAGACUUCCCGGCCAUGCCCUCUAUCGAGCAAUUCAACCGCACCUCCAACCCAAAGACCAGUCCAGACAGCUCUUUCCAGGCUGAGAAGUACCAUUCAGCGAAUGAGCCGUCUCACUCUGGCCAGCACGAGCCAAACACAGCAGGUGAGUGGAUGGAUACGAUGGAAGAGUCGUAA